AGUGUAUUACAACCUUAAGAAACAUUCUACUUCCAAUAAUAGCAAUUACUAGGUUUGACAAAAAUGGCUAAACCUGAUAGCUUUGGCAAGUCCAACAGAUGGAGUCUUGAGGGCAUGACUGCCCUUGUCACUGGUGGAACCAAAGGACUCGGGCAUGCUGUUGUGGAGGAAUUUGCAGAGCUAGGUGCCAUAGUAUACACAUGCUCCAGGAAUGAUUCAGAGCUUAAGGCAUGCUUAAGUGAAUGGGAAAGGAAAGGUUUCAAAGUGAGUGGUUCAGUGUGUGAUGUAUCAUCUCGAGCUGAACGGGAGAAGCUAAUGAAACGAGUGUCUUCUCUAUAUAAUGGCAAACUUAACAUCCUUAUAAACAACGUUGGGACAAAUAUAUACAAACCGACUGAAGAGAACAGUGCUGAAGAUUUCUCAUUUCUCAUGACUACAAAUUUGGAGUCUGCUUAUCACUUGUCCCAACUUGCACAUCCUCUUUUGAAAGCUUCUGGAGCAGCAAGUAUCAUCUUAAUGUCUUCAGUCUGUGGAGUAGUAUCAGUAAACAUUGGAUCCAUAUAUUCAAUUACUAAAGGAGGCAUGAAUCAACUUGCACAAAAUCUGGCAUGUGAAUGGGCAAAAGACAACAUAAGGGUUAAUUCUGUAGCACCUUGGUUUAUCAGAACUCCCCUAGCUGAACCUUAUCUGGGUAAUGAGAAGUUCUUGGAGGAAGUAAAAUGUCGAACUCCAAUGGGACGGAAUGGGGAACCUGAGGAGGUGUCAUCCUUGGUAGCAUUCUUGUGCUUACCCGCAGCUUCAUAUAUAACUGGCCAAACUAUCUGUGUUGAUGGAGGAUUUACAGUCAAUGGCUUCUUCUUCCCAAUUAAGUAAGCAGCAACCUUCUUACAAAAACUCCUAAAAAUUAUUAAAUAAACCAUUAAAAAUCAUGUCUUGCCUAGUUUGUUUUGUCUUGUGGAUAUGAACUAUUUUAUUUUA